AUCAAAGAGGUCAACACUUGGACAGAUGACAGACCCGUUGAAGGGAGAGGUUAUUUGUAUGUUUAGUUUUGGCUUUACGCUGGCUUUAUAAUUUUCAAAAGUAUGAAGGGGACAGUUUAAUUUAUUUCAACAAUAUGGGGUGUCUGGUAUGCAAAAGAACAGGGUGCAAGACUUUUUCCCUAAACUUGUGUUGUGGUGAUAGUUCAAGAACGAUAAGGGAGUACUUUAUCGAGUUUGUGGGAGACUCAAUUGCAGGGUACUUAGAUGACACUAAAGGUGUUUGUAAAAUUUGUCAACACAUGCUUACUGAAACGGUCAAACUUAAACUUGAAAUGAUACGGGCGAUUGGACUAACAGCUGAUCUGAAAUAUGUUCCCAAGCUAGGGAAGUAUUGGGCCUUCUGCAGCAAGUAUGAGAAUUACAACACGGUCGAAUUCAACUACAAUACASCUGAACCAAGAUCUAGGGAUCCAACUCCCAUUAUGUCGGCUACCCGUACCAAAAUGUAUAAUGCCCCUGUCGAACAGAUAUCCGCAACCAGAGAGGGCUUGAAGACUGACCUGAGAAACGACUUUUCAGAUGGACUAAACAAAACUGGCCUAAAAACAGGACAAAUAAGCAGACCAAAGUCCUCAAUACUAGAUGAAAUGAAACAAGAUAUGAAGGAACGAACACAAAGGGGGCAUAGCGAGCCGCAAGAUAGGUCUAUGAGUGUGGCCAGCAAUAUGAGCGUUCUUAGUUCCGCUAGUAACGUAAUAGAGUGCGACACAUUCAACGACCAGCUGGCAGCGACCUAUCGCGAAGAACUCCGAAAAACAUGCAAGUGCCCAUAUGAAGAAUGUAAAGGUUUGGAUUUAAAGGAAAGUUAUUUUAGAUAUACGAGCCACAUGAUUGAAGAACAUAACGCUAAACCAUAUUUUAAGUGCGACGCCUGCGAUUUUGAGUACUUUAAGAAAGAACAUCUGAAAAUACAUUCACUAAGACACGAUGUAUUCCCAGUGUUAUGCGGAAUUUGUGGAAAUCACACACCAAACGUUUCUGCCUAUCAGCUGCACGCGGAUAAGCACCUUGCCUCAUCAUUCAAGUGCAUUGUCUGUGAUAUGGCGUUUUGCACCAAAAAGGAAUGUAAUAAACACAUUUUUAGCAACCACAGACAAAGACGACGCAUAUUUUUACGGCGGAAAGCAUCUCAGCCUUUGGAAUCCAUUAUUUUAAAACAAAUCGACCAUAAAAAACCAAAUUUGCUUCUUGGAACGACGAUAGCCCCAUGUGUAGAGCCUGUAAAUAACAAGAAAUGUCGAGAAAUGAAGAUAACCUGCAACGAACCUGAGCAAUUUAAGGAAAAAUCGUUUCGAGAACUGGAUUUUCUUCAGAGGCAUCCACCUGCUGAAUGGGAUCCAGAUGCGUUUAGUUUAGGAGACAAUGUGUUUCAGAGCGGAAAUCUAGAUAAAAGGAUAAAAGCGGAAUUGGCAAAGUCAGGCAAAAUGAGUGAUUUAUACGAUAAGGUUUCAAACAGACCAAAUACCGCGCGGGAUAAAAGUGGCCGCACCACUCCGUUUCAAAGAUCAGAAACUCCUUUUAGCGAGGAUUUGGAUAUGCCUCCGUGUGCCGGAAUUAACAAUUAUUAUAAAACAAGUAGGGAUUUGGAGUCGAGAAACACUGAAGUUGCAAAGUACAUGAAUGGAGACGAGGAUUCAGACGCCAAUAGUGAGACGCAAGAAGUACAGAGCGAUUUGGAAAGCGAAAAUCAGUAUUUAGAUGGAAAUACGUUUCUAUCAUCGAUCCCCUCACCCUACAGUCGCAUAGAUAAAAGUUAAGUUUGCAGCGUAUUCGACUCGCAGAGUUACCGAAGUAAUUAACACAAAUCUUGAUUGGUGGGGUACAUAGAUUAGGAAACUGCGGUUUCAUUCAGAGACCAAAAACCAUUCAACUAACAAGUUCUUUACAAAAACAGGCAAGUCGAAUACGCUAAAAUAAAAAAUAAAUAUUUCCCUCACAAAUUUAUUGAUCAAAGUUUUGUCUUAUGGUGAUAUUUAAGUCGGGCAAAUGUAGGUAGCACACCAGUGAAAAAAAAACAAGUGCCUCGAUUGAAAUUUCAACAAAAGCAAAGAUAGAUAAAUAUGUAAGUAUUGGGUAUAAUUUUACUGAAUUAAUAUAUGCACAUUAAGUUAGUAGGUAAGAGUUUAACUGUUUGUUUAUCUAAUCAGAACUGAGGGCCAUCCCUUUGCUGACUUAUUUUUUGUGUUUGGCAUGUGUAAGAUUGUAAAUCUGUAUGUUAACAAAACAGUGCAAGGGUUUCUUUUCAAUAAGAAUACGAACGUUUUAAAGACACAUAAUUUAAAUAUUUUUUAUCAAACUUGAAAUUAAUAAUAAAUAUAAACUUAAAAAUGAAUAGCUUAAUUUUGAAGACUUAAUAAGAACCAUUAGAUUUGAUCAAUUGAAUAUGUAAGAAAUUGUUAAUUUGCAUUAUUAUAUUUAAAACAAUUGUAAAAUACAAUUUGUAUUUAAGUUCUUCUUGUUUGAAACUGAUAUUUUUUAGCUCAUUCGCAGUGUGAAACAUAAUUGAUCAAUUUCGUAGCCAGUAAGCCAAACAAUUCUUUGUAAAGUAAAUGCCACUGUUAACCAAAGUUUUAGGAUUAUUUAAUCUUGGAAUUGUUUUGUAUCAUCUGUUAAAAAACCGAAUAUCUUGUGUAUUUUAUUUACUGUUUCAUCUACUUUAAUAAAAAACCAUUUCUGGAUGUUCUAAUGGAAAUGGCUAAUAGUCAUUAAA